UACUUGAGGGAAGUUGUACAGCCUGGAGGUGUCAGUAGGAAAAAAUCUAGCCUCUGGGACCUUCUACGAAGGUUAGGGACAAUUUCUGGCCAUUUUGUGAUUUGAGGAGAUUCUUGUUAGUGAAUAAGCUCAUAAAGGUUUGAUCAAAAAACAAAGAUGUAGAUGGGCAGAAAGGAAGGAUAUUUCUUCUUCAUUCUUGUUUUUUGUAAGCCACCAUUGGCAAGACUACCUACGUGUAGGCAUGGGAACCAGUUAAAGAAAGUGUUGAUUCACUAGAGUGAAGCCGAGAACUCAGUGGCCUUUGUGUGUGGUGAAUGUGUCCGGAAAGGCAAAGAAGAGCGAGAUUCUCCUGUGGAGUUUCUCAUCUCCAUGGCGGUAGGUGCCGACUGCUUUAGAGGAAGCACGAAGGAGCAGACGAAAGAACCCUGAGAUGUCUAGCUACAGUCCUCUUACAAGAUGAAAAGGACACGGGGCUUUGAUCUGAACUUCUUUAUCUGUAGCUAAGGUCUUAACUGAAAACCCAAAUUGACAAAUAGCAACACACCUAGAACUAUUACAACUGCAAAACUCAGCUGGAUGCCUGAAGGGUACAGGAAAGCAUGAGCUACUACGGCAGCAGCUAUCGGAUUGUAAACGUGGACCCCAAAUACCCAGGCUACCCCGCAGAGCACAUUAUAGCCGAGAAGAGAAGAGCAAGAAGACGUCUGCUCCACAAAGAUGGCAGCUGUAAUGUGUACUUCAAGCACAUUUUUGGAGAAUGGGGGAGCUAUGUGGUGGACAUUUUCACCACUCUUGUAGACACUAAGUGGCGCCAUAUGUUUGUGAUAUUUUCUUUAUCAUAUAUCCUCUCCUGGUUGAUAUUUGGCUCUAUCUUUUGGUUAAUAGCCUUCCAUCAUGGAGAUCUGCUAAAUGAUCCCGAUAUCACACCUUGUGUUGACAACGUCCAUUCUUUUACAGCGGCGUUCUUAUUCUCCCUUGAGACCCAAACCACCAUAGGUUAUGGUUACCGCUGUGUCACUGAAGAAUGCUCCAUGGCAGUGCUCAUGGUGAUACUUCAGUCCAUUUUAAGCAGCAUCAUAAAUACCUUCAUCAUUGGAGCCGCCUUGGCCAAAAUGGCAACUGCUCGAAAGAGAGCCCAAACCAUUCGGUUCAGCUAUUUUGCGCUCAUAGGCAUGAGAGAUGGGAAGCUUUGCCUCAUGUGGCGCAUUGGUGAUUUCCGACCAAACCAUGUGGUAGAAGGCACAGUUAGAGCCCAGCUUCUCCGCUACACAGAAGACAGUGAAGGGCGGAUGACAAUGGCAUUUAAAGACCUCAAGUUAGUCAAUGACCAGAUCAUCCUCGUCACGCCAGUAACUAUCGUUCAUGAAAUUGACCACGAGAGCCCUCUGUAUGCCCUUGACCGAAAAGCAGUGGCCAAAGAUAACUUUGAGAUUUUGGUGACGUUUAUCUACACUGGUGAUUCCACUGGGACAUCCCAUCAAUCCAGAAGUUCCUAUGUUCCCCGAGAAAUUCUCUGGGGCCAUAGGUUUAAUGAUGUCUUGGAAGUUAAGAGAAAGUAUUACAGAGUGAACUGUUUGCAAUUUGAGGGAAGUGUUGAAGUCUAUGCUCCCUUUUGCAGUGCCAAACAAUUGGACUGGAAAGACCAGCAGCUCCACAACACGGAGAAAGCCCCACCAGUCCGAGGAUCCGGCUCAUCAGACAUCAAGGUUAGAAGAAGGUCAUUUAGUGCAGCUGCCAUUGUCAGCAGCUGUGAAAACCCGGAGGAGAUCACCACCUCUGCCACGGAUGAGUGUAAGGAAGCACCUUAUCAGAAAGCUCUCCUGACUUUAAAUAGAAUCUCUGUAGAAUCCCAAAUGUAGUCCUAAAUUAUGUUUACCAGGGCUACCACUCAAUCAUUUUACUCUUAGCCCAUCACCUUAAGGCAAGUAGUUAUAAUCAAGGUUUUUAAAGAACGGUUAUAGUAUGUUUGAUAGUGAUGGGGGAUAAGAGCAGGUUAAACUUGAUAAAAGUUUAAAAUUACACAGUAUCCAGUCAUUUAAGCUUUUUUUUUUUUUUUUUGGCUGGCAAAUUUUGUACUAGGGAAGCUGUUAAGAACCUAAUUGAUUAACUUAAAUUUCAUCUCCUUUUAUUAUCCCAUAUACUUGUAUCUUGAAUUGGAGGUGUAAUAUUCAGUAAUGGUGAUCAAAGGUAGGGUAUUGGAAUAAAUAAAAAUGGGAAGACAGGCAGCCAGCAUGAAUAACAAAUUUUUAAAUGUAUCAAAAUCAAUAGCAUAAUGAGUAGUUUCCUAUAAAAGCGUCAUGUCGUCUAACCAACAUAUGCAAGAUAUGCAUUCAGUAGAUGGUAAUGUGGAGAUAUUUAACUGUGAAAUUAACUGGUGGGUACCAUGUUUGCCCCUCAUAGUGUCUUGAUAUCAGCAGGCAGAGGUAGUGGCUGUAAGAAAUAGGCAAUGUCACCAAUUCAGACAGUUCUACUGCCACUUGCCCAGGUAAUGAUCAAUGAGUCCUAGAAGCUAUUUUUUCUCUAACCCAUGAGGCAGAAGAAAAGUUGACAUUAUUAUUUAGAGCAGUAUUUCUCUCUUAAAUGCCCUGGUUGACUCCAACAAAUGGCUUUAUAUGGAAAAGCAGAAAUAAGGCAACUAUGACCUUUCUAGGUGUUCUGACAAUGGGCUUCCUGUGCCCACCUGCCACCUUCCCCAAGGACAGCGUGAAGGAACAGGAUCGUAGAGAUGGGCUGAGGGAAUAGAUAGAAAGGAGAAACAGUCUCAGACUAUUUAGGAAAAAACCUUUGCAUGUGUCCUGAAUGAACUGCAGCUUUGCCUGGAACACUUUUUGUGGAAGGGGGUAAAGGGGGAGGGCGAGGGGAAAGGUAUUUAUUUGUGCCCAGAAGCAGUUAUAUAUGCUUCCUGUCUUGGGCACUUUAUAAGACAUAAAUGACUUGAAUUGUGGAUUUUAAGAAACUCAUCCAUUGAACUUGGAACAAUCAUUUAAAUUGAAGAUUUUGUGAAAUGUAAUUAAGGUGAUUUAAAUGCACAUUAUUAAGUGGAUAAGCUGAAUGCUAUAGAAUUGCUUAAAUUUUAGGACAUGAGAUAAAUUUGUAUACUCUAUUUCCACGUUAAAAAAUGUUAAUCAUGAUUAUUUUAAGUACAAAUCCAAUCACCUUUGAGUGAAGAGUCAGUUUAAGCUUUAUAAAUUGAAGAGUUAUUAGCUACAUUCAGAAUUAUCUGUUUUUUUUUCACAUUGUUGCUGAACUGACAAUAAAUAUAUGCCACUGUUUUUUAUUUGUUUAUUUUAUUUAAAUGUAUACACACACAUAGUUCUGGCUUUUUCUGAGAAAUCUCUCUCUCUCUUUUCACGUAAAUUAAAGCACACAAGUCAACUGAAUCACAUAGUCCAAAAUUAGCAAUAAAAGUAAAAUAUACAGGUAUGUAAAGUUUUUCUUUUGUUUUUCUUCUUUUUCCUUCUUUUUCCUUCCUCUUUCCCUUCUCCUUUCCCAGUUGCCUCCUUUCCUCUCACUCUCCCUUCCUUGUUCCCUUCUUUCCUCCUUUCCUUCCUUCCUUUCUUUCUUUUGUCUAUGAGCAAUAAAGUUACUUUUUAAAUGCACAUGUGCAAAUAUUUUAUUCUUGGUAUUUUAUGGAUGAGAGAGUUGUUCAGUCACAAGUUGUAAAACUGUCCUAAAGCUUAAUACCAGAGAUCUAAAUAACACAUUUUUUUUCUGUGUUGCUUCAGGAAAGCAAAACCCAAUUUUUUAAAUUGCACCUGCACUGUAGAUUCAGAUUUUGUAGCAACAAUUACUCAGCUAAAUAAGAGUACAACAAUCUACUUAGUAGAAAACAACUACCACCACCACAAACAAAAAUGCCUUUGUUUUUUUCCAUUGUUAGCUAGCUUGUUUCACACACAUCUAGUUUCAUUUUACUUUGCCUUGCUUCCUGAACUCUGCCUAUCCAUGAUCUUGCUUUGUCAGUACCAGAAUAGAGGCAGCAAGGCCCAGUAAAUACAUCCUGUUGUACCAUGCCACUCCACCGUUAAAUCCUCUUACCCAGAAUAGAAUGUAAAAUUGGCAUUCCCAUGUAAUAUUUACCUCUAAUUUUCUGUUUAGAUUUCUAACAUACUUUGACAGCCCAAUGAGUUACUUAAUAAUAAAGAUCU